UGCAAAAGAGUCCCUUAGUGUUCUUUAGUUGGCCUUGUACAUUUUGCGUUUAAAUGAAAUGCGUUGUUUCAGAACAGGCCAGAAGCUAUGCAGUCCUAUGAUGAAGAUCUCUUUGAGAACAAGUUCUUUGUUAACUUACAGUCGAAAUAUGCAGAAAUCUACAACUUUGCUGCUGACAACAGAUAUAUGAUCUGUGUCCCCAGAACAGGUCACAGCUCCUCUAAAUAUCUUUAUACUGAAGAGGACUACAGAAACCAUAUCCUGAUCCCAGUGGAUGACACUCCAGGGACGUUCAAGACAGCCAAUGAUAAGGAGGUGACAAUCCAGAGUGGGGUCAUUACAACAGGUCAAGGGUUCAAGGACGUUAGAAAUGCCCAUAUUUUGUUUGAAGAAACCUACUUCAAUGAUCAUGAUGAGAGUUUCAGGGUGCUGUGCAUAGAUAUAGCCUUAGAGGGAGGGAACGCCAAACCAAAGGGAACAAAUUCGAAAUUUGGAGAGUCAGUGCCAGAUGUCCCUGUGGUGGUUCUCCAGACAUUUGAAGACUGCCUAGAGCUGCUAUGGGGCCACGCAGCCAACAACAAGACCCAGAAGCAGUUGGACCAUAUUAUCCAGUUGUUCAAUGAAUCCUAUGACAGGCUAGAUGGGAAAUCCUUAGUCCACUAUGUGGAUGCUGCCAAUGCCCUGUUCACCAGAGCUAUGCAGACAGUUCUAAAGGACAACCACUUGAAAAGAAGUGCCAGACAUAACAAGGCCUAUCUUGACUGUAUCAAGGUAGCAGUAGAGACCUAUGUGAUGCAUGGGAUCUACAAGAAGAUCUUCAAGGGGAUAUCUGUGUGCAGGGCCUCUGAGGACGCCAAGCUCAACAAGAUCAACAGGAACCUGGCCGAGCUGCAGCUGAGGGACCUGGGAGUACGGGCAGAGUUUCGUGAAAACAUUCCAAAAGCCAAGAAGGAGCUGCAGACAUUGAACAGGUACAGCACCCCUCUUGGCAAACUGAACUGUAUCAAGAAGGUGGUCACCAUAUUGAUGCAGCCUCCCAGGAGAUGGCAUACAAAACAGACACAGGAAGAACAGUCUGCCCUACUGACCACAGAUGACCUCUUGCCUAUACUGGUCUUCUUGGUGGUCAAGUCCGAGAUUCCUAACUGGUUUGCUCACCUUACUUAUAUGCUGAAAUUUAGGUUUUCAAAAGCAAAUAAUGAUGAUGAAUAUGGUUUCUAUGCAGCUUCCACAGAGGCUGCUAUAGAGCAUGUGUACAGUGGCUCCCUCAGUAGCCUGCAGCUGGGGACAGCCAAUCCUCAACCAUUGGUUUUAGCCAGAAGUCAGUUACAGGGUGGCAGUGGUUGUUCCUCUGCUGACAGUGCAGAUUCCAUGAUAGGAAAGCUAUUUCAGUAUGUGAGAGAUGGAAAGACACAGGAGGUGGAGAAGAUGUUGAACAAGAAGGAGGUCCUGUUAGAGGAGGCCAAGCAGCAGAUGUGUCACCCUCUCUGCUCAUGUGACAGGUGUGAGCAGGUGCUGGCCAGGAGCAGGAAUGACGCCUCUGCUGUCACAGCUUAUUCCAGAGAUGACAGGGGAUUCACAGCUCUCCAUGUGUCUGCCCUGUGUGGAAAUGUCCAUGUGAUGAAUGUUCUGAUACACAGGGGAGGUGUGGUCAACGCCACAGACUACCAUGGUUCUACCCCACUUCAUAUAGCUUGUCAGCGUGGACAUCAGAAAGUUGUGUUAUUACUGCUGGAUCAGGGAGCCAACUUUAAUGCUGCUGACAAUGACGGCAACACUCCUCUCCAUCUUUGUGCUGCUAAUGGACACGAAGAGUGUGUGAAGGCAGUCAUUUUCAUGGGUCGAAGUAAAGGCCUGGAUCUGAAUGCUGGGAAUGACUGGGGAGAGACGCCAUUACAUCUGGCUUCCAAGUGGGGUUAUGAGGGCAUAGUGAAGAUUUUACUGGAAAAUGAGGCGUUGCCCACCGUGACCAAUCGUAAACACCUCAGCCCGUUGCAGUGCUCUUCUAAUGUGCGCGUGUCCCAGAUGCUCUCAGAAGCCAUAGAGGAAAACACUUCCAUGCGAACUUUUGAGACUGUUGAUACCAUGCUAGAGUCUAUAGAAUCAGUCAGUGAUAUGGAUUCCCUGGGACCAAGAAAGCACAGCUUCAAGAAGCAGUUUGAGUCUGGCCCAGGACUUAGCAGACAUUUUAACAGCCAGGAACCCAGUCUGCCCAUCAAGGUGGUCAGCCAGUCCCUGGUGGACAAGAAAGAUUAUAAGAAAAUUGAUAAAUUGUUGAAAACGGUUGCCAGGAAUGACAUUGAGAUGGUUAAGUUUAUACUGGGAUGGACAGAUGACCUGGAAGAAGAAAUGGACAUUGAUAUGACCAAGAGAACUUUGUGCCAUCCUCUCUGUCAGUGUGACAAGUGUAUGCCAGUUCAGAUGCUCACAACACCAAGGACAGACGUGACUGUGAACAUGAGUAAUGUGGAUGGUUAUGCGCCAUUGCAUGUUGCCUCUCGUUACGGGUUCAAGGAUCUGAUUAUGCUGUUCAUAAAACGAGGUGCCAACGUGAACGCACGGAGCAAGGUGUCUCAGUGGACGCCAUUGCACCUAGCUUGCCAGUAUGACCAGGCUGAGGCUGUAGAACUCCUCCUGGAUCAUGGGGCUAAAAUUAAUGCCAAGAAUGUCAAUGGAGUGACCCCGCUCCAUAUGUGCUGUUUCCAGGGUAACCCCAGGGCUGCCUCAGUGCUGCUACAGCAUGGUGCCUCAGUUGACCUUACAGACCACCAGGGGAACACGCCACUACACACGGCUGCCAAGAGGAAUGACCUGAACCUGGUCCAACUGCUGCUGAUCCACGGCUCCUCCGUCAGGGCCAAGAACAACAAGAAGAUCUCUCCCAUACAGUUAGCCAAGCAUGACAAGGUGAUUAUGUUGCUGGAUGAAGCUUAUAGCAAGGUGCCAGACCUCCCUCAAGAGGACGUCCAACCUAGUCCUGAGAAAGAAAAGAGGAGGCCUCAUGGUCAGAGUACAGUGAGAGCUGCUGUAAAUAAAAAAUCAAGCAUGCAUGAUCUUUUUUCUGCAUUCGAAGAACAGGACUUAAAACGCCUUCAAAAUCUCGUGGGAUCCAUUCGUACCUUCAAUCCUAGGGCCAGUCUCAGACACACCGUCACAUUGGACAAAAGCCUUCCACGAUUCGACAAACACCUUACCCAGCAACUGGAAAUUCAGCACUUUGAUAUCGGCAGGUUAAAACACGUGGAGACUCGAGAUAAAAGCAAGCCAGUGAUACAGGCUGAAUUUGAAGAUAAGUUAACUGGAGAUGUUGAGCUUGGUUUAGGUGUGAGUGAUGAAUGCAAAGACCGGGUGAGGAAAGAUUAUGAAUUAGACGACAUGACAAAAAGUCAGGGUGUAGACAAUUUGAGUGGCAGCUUGGCUCAGUCCAGUUUGACUUUUGAUGACAUUUCUGUUAGCAGUCCACUUGUUGAGGGUACAAGGAUGAGGGAGCAAAAUGCUCAACUUAGAGAGUCUUUUUCUUCAUGGGAUGAUGUUGAGGAAGAGGCUAAUUCUUAUCCUGGACUACGGACUAAUGGGAAUGAUGGUUCAUUAAAUUGCUCACAUGGAGGACAAGUGGAACAAAGCCAGCAAAUAAGUCAAGAGGAUGGGGGACAGGAUGGGCUAUCUGCAUCCAGUUUAGAUACCCAUGGCAACAAGCCAGAUCACCAUGACAACAAGUCAGAUCACUAUGACAACAAUCCGAAGUGCCAUGACAACUGUUUGGACCUCCUUGAAUCAGAGUGCCAUGAAAAUUAUUUAGUCUACCAAACAACUAUUUCUGAUCAUGAAAAUGAUUCUGUUCACCUUGACAACAAGACUGAUCACCUUGACAACAAGACUGAUCAUCUUGACAACAAGGUUAAUUCCUCCAGCAACGUACUGGAGAGCAUUGAUUACCAGACAAGUGAAUGUAAUAAGAGACAGGAUGCAGUAAACUGUGAACAAGUAAAUCCAGCCAGCCUUGAUCAUAUGAAACGAGAAAACUCUGACAUCAAAGAAAAUGUGCAAUCAGAUGAUUUAAUAAAACAAGACAGUGGCCUUUGUUCAAAUCCUGCUGAACUUCAAACUCCCUCCAUUUACUGAUACUUAAAUUAUGAUGGUGAAGAUUUAAUCACAUUAAUCACAAACAUUUCUCCAUGUUGUGAAUUGUGAAGUUUUUUUUUUUUUUUUUGUAUCAUGGAAAAAUCAAAUUGUAAUUUUUUUGCAU